GUCCAAACGGUCCGUCUCUUCGUCAGCUUCGUUUGGUCGGAUCUCUCUGUGUUCGGUGUCGUACGCCGUCGUCGAAUCUGACGCCUAUUAUCAAAUAUGGCUGGGAGAGCAUUUCAUCAGUUAUUGCGUGGGAGGCUUCAAUCUCAUUCUGCUGCACCUCCAGUUUUGUCAUCUCUUAUUUCAAAGAGAGAUCACGAGGGAGUUGAAUCUAUUGGAAAAUUUUCAUUGAAAUCAUUUGCACUAUUUGGAGCUGGUGUAACAGGUCUUUUGGGUUUUGCAACAAUGGCCUCUGCUGAUGAAGCUGAACAUGGUUUAGCUAGUCCUGAUUACCCUUGGCCUCACGAAGGCAUUCUUAGUUCCUAUGACCAUGCAUCGAUUCGGCGUGGUCACCAGGUUUACACGCAAGUUUGUGCUUCUUGUCACUCUAUGUCGCUGGUUUCAUAUCGCGACUUGGUUGGUGUAGCAUACACAGAAGAAGAGACAAAGGCUAUGGCAGCUGAAAUCGAGGUGACUGAUGGGCCUAAUGAUGAAGGUGAAAUGUUUACUCGUCCUGGUAAACUCAGUGACCGCUUUCCCCAGCCAUAUGCAAAUGAGCAAGCAGCAAGGUUUGCUAAUGGAGGGGCCUAUCCUCCUGACUUAAGUCUUGUCACCAAAGCUCGUCACAAUGGUCAGAACUAUGUCUUUGCACUUCUAACUGGUUACCGUGAUCCUCCUGCUGGUGUUUCAAUUCGAGAAGGAUUGCACUAUAAUCCUUACUUUCCAGGGGGAGCCAUUGCCAUGCCUAAAAUGCUUAACGAUGGUGCUGUAGAGUAUGAAGAUGGUGUUCCAGCAACAGAAGCUCAGAUGGGGAAGGAUGUAGUGACAUUCUUGGCAUGGGCUGCAGAACCUGAAAUGGAAGAGAGAAAACUGAUGGGGUUCAAGUGGAUAUUCGUUCUAUCAUUGGCUUUGCUUCAGGCAGCUUAUUACAGGCGCAUGAAGUGGUCGGUUCUUAAGUCAAGGAAGUUGGUAAUGGAUGUUGUUAACUGAAUCCUUUGGUUGUUUAUGAUGUUGUUCAUGCUUUAUUUCUUCAAAUCCUCACACCAUUUUAGGGCAACUGGGUUUUUUCUCUUAUGAGGAAGAAAUAAGUGUUGCAAAAUGAAAAAAUAAAGUAAAAGAAUGGUGUUUUUUUAGAAAUUUAACUGGCUAAAUUGCACAAGCAAUUAGCUCCCAUUUUGAAGCUUUA